GCUCGUUAGAAUCAGGAUUUCGGUUAAGUAAACAUGAUUUUUUCUAAUAUAAGUUAAUAUAUUUGUGCAUUUAUAUAACAUAUCAAUCAGUAUUAUUAUAUAUCUGAAUUAAUUUAAAAAUAUAAACAAUGAUGCGCUCGAAGCUCAUUAUUGGGAUAGUUCUAGUGUUAUGUGUGCUAGCUACAUGGCUUUUUGGCCGUCUAUACCGUGAACUGCUGUAUGUUUAUGAGCAAACAGGCACGCUCACAGACUCGGAAUACUCAUGGGUUUUCAGGCUAUUGCUAAAUCUGGUGGGUUAUUCCACAGUCCUGUUGCCGUGUUAUGUUUUAUACAAGUACCUUGAGAAGACAAAUUACUUUGACAAAAUUUCUAAUAACUCGUGGAUCUCUCGAAUAUUGUUUGCUUGCUUCUCCGAACAUGACCACAUCCCUGAGUCACUAAAACCCGUGAAAGUGGAAGAAAACCCUAAACAUGAAGGAUUGGAACUGGCCUUUUGCUUUAGUGGUCUCAUGGGUGCGUAUCUUGUGUGGGGACUACUACAGGAGAAGAUCAUGACACAGAACUACGUAAUGCCGGAUGGAUCACAUCAAAAAUUCAAUGACUCCCAGUUUUUAGUAUUCAUCAAUCGACUUCUAGGCUUUCUAAUAGCACUAGUGAGGCUCCUGAGUACAGGCCAGCAGGUGAUAGCGGCCCCGCUCUACAAGUUCUCCUACUGCUCGCUCACCAACAUCAUCAGCGCUUGGUGUCAGUACGAAGCACUUAAAUAUGUCAGCUUCCCGACGCAGGUGCUCUCGAAGUCGUGCAAGGUAAUCCCGGUGAUGCUGAUGGGCAAGCUGAUCUCGCGCAACAAGUACGAGGGCUACGAGUACGGCACGGCCGUGCUGAUCUCGGCGGGCAUGGCGCUGUUCCUGCUGGGCGGCGCGCGCGGCGCGUGGGCGGCGCCGAGCGCGGCGGGCGCGGCGCUGCUGGCGCUCUACAUGUGCUGCGACAGCUUCACGUCCUCGUGGCAGGGCGCGCUGUUCCGCCGCCACGCGCUGCGCCCGCUGCAGAUGCUCUGCGCCGUCAACCUCUGCUCGUGCGCGCUGUCCGCCGCCGCGCUGCUGCACCGCGCGCCGCCCGCCGCCGCGCUGCUGCACCACCCGAUGUUCGUGUCGGACUGCCUGCUGCUGUCGGCGAGCUCGGCGGUGGGGCAGCUGCUCAUCUACCGCACCAUCGCGCGCUUCGGUCCGGUGCUCUUCACCAUCAUCAUGACGCUCAGACAGGCGGUGUCGAUCCUGAUCUCGUGCGCGGUGUACGGGCACUCCAUCUCGGCGGAGGGCUGCGUGGGCGUGGUGCUGGUGUUCGCGGCCGUGUUCCUGCGGAUCUACUGGCGGAAGAGGAAGCCGGCCGCCAUCAAAUAAACACCUAAUGUUCAUUAUUAUCGAGCUGUGAGCUUAGCGACUGUAUAGACAUGUCCCGGUCUUAUUAUUGAAAUAUGGUAACUAGACUGACUUAGUGGUACCACUUAUAUUUGUAGAUAUACUGUCAAGAAAAAGUGUUUUCGUAAAUUUAUUUUAAACAGUACAUUAAAAUCCCUUGAAUUUGAUUAUAAACAUAGACACGAUUUGACAAUGUUAGCUUUUGUACAUAGUGAGGUUUAAAUCUGGCGCAUUCACGGUAUUGAAAUUGCAUAAUUAUAUGAUUUGUGAUACACACUAUACAAGCGCACAUAACAUAAAUACUUUAUUGAUAUUUAUAUGAGUGAAAAUAUUUUUCUUAUACAAGUUUAUUUUAGUGAGUGCAGGCAUUAUUUAUUGGUACUAAAUGACGACGACAAUUAUUGUACUUCUAGUUACCUAAGAGUCGAAUAUUUGUAGAUAUUUCUAUAAUAUUAAUGUGUUUUAACAUUUUCCGAUACGACGCGGUACUAUUUCUGCGUUGUCUGUAAUGUUUAGUGACGAUCUAACUUCAGAUUACAAUCUCUGCCUCUUUAUUCUCAAUCUCAACUCAAUCUCUAAUCUCAUCCAUAUUGAUGAACUUGAAGGCUUAGUGGCCAGCUCACGCAGCUGCAAUCACGAUACCGAGAGCUAAAAUGUUGUAUAUGUGAGGAAAGACAUAGCGGGUGCUGUGUGUGUACGUAAGCACACACUUGUGCAGUAUAAUAAUUCCGGCAUAGUCGACUAGUCCGAUGUGCCGAUGUUGCCAGAUCUAGUUCCGUUUGCAUGACUUAUGAAUACAUUGACAAUGUGAUUAUAACUAUAUAUGUGCAGAAAAUAUAACGAAAAUUUGAAAUAUUAUUUCAAUCUUUCCAUCCCUCUUUUAUUCUGUCCCCACAAUAUGACAAUCAACUCACAUACUCGUACGACCAUAGUCCACCAAGGUAAUCCUUAUUUUUUUUUUUUUUUUUUACGAGGAGGAAAUGCAUUUACACUUUCCGCCCGUUCGAAAGGGGGACCGGGACGGAUAUGUGGGAAUCUCGGGGCUGAAGGCCUCGUCCUACCCACUAAAACCUCGGAUUUCCGCCUCGCCGCAAGGCGGCAGGACUACGGGAACGCAUGUGGAUCACCACCGCGGCCCUGCCAGCGGCCGUCGCUGUAAAGGGGUGACCCGUCUCGAAGACGUGCCAAGGUUACGGCACGCCUUCCUACUCUGCCUCCGUCAGAGCUGUGACAGACUCCCGCGAGUCUGCCACUAGAGGCUAGGCCGCAGCGGACCUGAUGGAAAGUUCCACUGUCAACCACAUUGUGUCUCGUUUAGCCCUGCAUCCGGCCUCGAUGGUCGCGGUGCCGUCUACCCGUUCUCCGAUGACGCAGCGGGAGGGAGUUGGUGUCAUCCUCCCGCUGUCGUUCAGCCUCCUCCUUUGCGGACAUUACGACUUCGCUGAAGACUCGUAAUGCCGCCCACGCCUCUUCGCUCGCGACCAUCCUCCGAAUUAAGGCCGGAAGCGAUAUGUCUCCGUUAAAGGCCGUGGACAGGGCUGCGCGAGGCUCCGCCCAUGCGGGGCACUCUGCGCGCGUGUGUUCGGCCGUGUCCACGGCUCGUAAGUGUUUGGCGAAGCAGCCGUUACCGGUCAUGAGCUGCGUCAAGUGGUACGUGAGUGGGCCGUGUUUGCGCUCGACCCACUCUCUCAAAACAGGACGAAUGGCCGCUACGAGUUCCCCACUGGCAUCCGGAACUCGUAGCCGAUCCUCCCACUUGUCCAUGAGGCGAUGUCUUGCCUCCUCCCUCCACUGUUGUACUUCACGCAGGAGGGGUCGGUUCCCGCCUGCUCGUGCAGCCUUGACCCGCCAGUAGACGCUCGAUUUGAUCCCGGCUUCGAGGUCCCAUGGCGGGCUUCCGGACAGCAAGCCGGCUGCGGGGAACGACACCGUCCGGUACGCCCGAGCCGCCCUGAGCGCCCUCGCCCGCUGCGGACGUCCAGCGAGGCGACGUUGCGAGCGCUCAGAGCGGCCGCCCAUAUCGGCCGGCACCACGCCGGUGUACAGUCGUCUGCACGGCGCUCCUGGCCCUCCGACAUUGGGAAAUAUUCGCCCCAACGCUCCGGCUGCGGCCACCAGUCUUGGGGCCAAGCGCCGGAAGUGCUCCUCAAAUUUCCACCUGCCAUCGAGGACGAGUCCCAGGUACUUCAUCGUCGACUCGAUGGUGAUGGAAGUUCCGCCGACGGUUAUGCGCAUACCCUGAGGUGGCGCGUUCCGAGGUCCAUGAGAGACUAGGGCCUUGGAUUUGUGUAAGGCCACCUCCAGGCCCAGUGCACGUAUGCGAUGGACCGCAUGUGCCACCCCCGCCGUAUCAAGGUAUGCCGCCUCCUGAUGGGUGCUGCCGCGGGCCGACACGAGGGUGUCAUCAGCGUAGCAGGUGGCGCUGACCCCCGCAAAGUGGUAAACGAAAAUCACAAAACAAAACGUUACAACAAAACCCCUCCCAUUUGCCACGAAGCCGCUCACACGGUCCACUUUGCAAAACAGAGAAGUACCAGGAGCGGCUCGUGGCAUUCCCGCCGCGUCAGUCUUAGCCGUUGCCGAUGAAAACAUCGUCGCACCGUUGCCCAGGGUGCGCCACGAGGAGGCGACUGACAUGCGCCCCACCGAGGCAAUCCUGCCUCUACCACAGAUCCUACUUACUAACUCCUCUUACCUACUUCCCCUUUUUUCAUAAUAUUUACUGUCGUUGCCAUACUGCAAAUAUAUUGCAAAGCAAUAAUUACUUAUUUAAUAAAAUUAUUUUAACUUAUAAUACUAGUUAAUUAUGUAUUAUGGCAACCAUUACAUUACAGAUGAAACAGCGUCAGGGGAAACUUGCCAAGCUAAUUUUCCAAUUGUGUAAAUGCUAGACGGCGUUAGUGUCCUGUGUUCAGUACCCUAUUAGACCAUUGAAAUUGGAGCCUUCUCAGACUCAUCAUCGUCAUCCUGACGAAAUAUUUUAUUGGCGGGCGAUGAAUGCCUCGACGUGUAAUGUGUAGGAAGCAACACCAACAGUGUCGCAGAGUGGACAGGACACGAGCGUAUUACUGUCGGUCCGCUUUCCGCUAUCGGAGAAUGUGAGAACGCUUUAACAUAAACAUAUAGAUUGUACGGUGAUUUUGUAACGUUAUACUCGAAUACGUACAUCUCGUAGCUGUUAUAUAAUGAAGUAGAGUUGUGUACAUAUCUGGGAAUAUGUGGAAUAAAUAUUUAUAACAUUU